GGUGCGAGAGACAUGGCUCUGUAUGACAUCCCAACUGUACCUGGUGAAAAGAAAGACACUUCGGGGGCUCUGCCCAUCUCCUAUAGCCCACGCUAUGUUGAAGCUGCUUGGUAUGAUUGGUGGGUGAAAGAAGGAUUUUUCAAACCAGAAUACCAGCAUCAUUUGCUGAAUCAGAAGCCAGAAACAUUUUCUCUCUCUAUUCCUCCACCUAACGUCACAGGGUCUCUGCACCUGGGUCAUGCUUUGACUGUGGCUAUUGAAGAUGCUUUGGAAAAGGAUGCAAGGCUAUAAAGUUCUGUGGGUUCCAGGUUCAGAUCACGCUGGAAUUGCCAC